AUGUCCAGCUCCAAGGCUUCUUCUCACCGCGCUCCCAUUCCCCGCCACCACGCCGUGGGUUACGGUGCUCCCCUGCCCUUGAUCGCUCCCCUUCAACCCCAUCGGGCUCCUCGCUCGGUGGCUGAGGGCGGCGGCACGCUUCCUGUUCCUCCCCAUUCGUCUUCCCUCCCCUCCGCUUCGGUUCCCCCUUCCCCCGCUGUCUUGCUCCCCUCUCCUGACUAUCUCGCUCGCUUGGAACUCGAGAACUCUCGUCUCCGCGAGGAGACGCGCACUUGGAGGACGAAGUCAGAGGCGGCGAGUUCCGCGCUUGCGCAGGCGAAUCUCCAGAACGUUUUGCAUCGUCGCGCGGUGGAGGAGCGGGACGUUCGGCUUCAGCAGUCGGGAUUGGUGCUCGAGCAGCAGCGUGACCGCGUGGAUGAGCUUAGCGGGCGUCUGACCCGGGGGGCCGAGGAGCUCGACGACCUGCAGGGGCGCUUGGCGGACAUGUCUUCUGCCUUGGUUCAGCUGGGUGACGAGCGCGCGGCUGCGCAUGCCCAGUUGAGGGAGGUCAAGGAUACUCUUCGGGGAGUCACCUUUGACCGCAAUCUCCUGCGCAUCGGCCUCACCGCGAGAGAGCGCGAGUUGUACUGGGUCCAGCAGGCUCUCGCAGGCCUCGAGGAGCGGAACACGUCAUUGUGUGCAGCCGCGGAAGGCUCCUCUGGCGAAGUCGAUGCGCAGUACCUCGCCCUUCAGACCCGGUAUCUGCAGCUCUUGGAGGAGUUCUGCAACUCGCGCGUCCCUCGUUCCCUCUAUCGUCAUAUGAGGUCGGAUCGCGACUAUUUUCGGUCGGCGUGGAUCGAGGUCACCACUAGUCCUGCUGCCGUUCCGCCGCCACCUUAUUCUGACCCCCAUUCGCCGUCGCGGUCCAUCUCGGAUAUGGCCGUUGAGGAUCUCGGUAGCCCAGUGGCUUCCGGGUCGCGCUUCCGCAGCGAACGUCUUUUCGAGGAGGUAGAGGAAGGGGAGAUCGCUGAGGAUGGCGACCUCAUGUCGCCGGACUAG